AUGGCAUUGACGUGGCAGACGUGUAUUCUAUCGGUGUUCGCCGUAGCGACAUUGCCUCUCUAUUUCCGAAUACUGUACAUCCUGAUAAGGUAUCGGAAAAGACAAGUCUUCCGGACACACUUCUACGCGAUCACCGUCUAUCAAGUUUGUUCCUAUUUAACUCAACUUGUCAACCCAAAUUUGCUUCACGAUUGAACUUUAAAUUUUAAAAGUUAGGAUUGUGAAUAAUUUCAUGAAACUUCUCCUAAAUCCUCAAAGCAUUGAGGACCUCAAAGCUUCAAAAAUCAAGUUAGAUAACUUCAGGGAGUGAUCGACGUCGUUGGUUUUUUCGUGUACUACUGCAGCUUCAACUUGAGGGGGAUAGAAGCUCUCAGACCGUUGUACUUGGCGACGAAUGGGACGCCUCUGGUCAACUUCCUGUACGUCCAGACCUACUUCUUCCAGUACGCGAGAAUCACCGGAGUCGUGCUCAUCUCCGUCCAGCGCUGCAUAACUGUCGCCUUUGCCAGAACCUCUGCCGACUAUGUCCGUUCAAUUCCAAAUGACUUUCAUUUCAGUAGUUAGGUUUCAGCUUCUUCGAAAAUUUCCUUCCUGGGCAUUUCUUCUGGUCCAAUGUCUGCUGCCGUUGGCUCUUUACGGUAACAUGAUGUUGGUUCCGAUGCACCUCGAUGAAAACCUCAAUCACAUCAUCGAAGAACAAACUCUUCUGGUGAGAAGUUGUGAUUAUUGAAUAACGCCUAAUUUUGAGAAUGUUUUCAGUUUCAUUACUGGAAAUCAGCCGUGAUUCCAGCUGUCGCCAUGACAGCCUGCAUCGUCAGUUAUGUCGUCAUCGGGAAAGUUCUUCGAGUGAAUGGCGUGAGGUGAGUCUUGGGAUAUGGAGGGAUUCCCCUGGAUACCAAGAGCAGAUUCUAGAAACUUCUAUGUAUAUUUAAGUCUAAUAUUAGUAAAGCUGACAGUCAAUGAUCUUUCCUUUCGAAAUUUCAGAUUUUACUUGAAUAUCUAACUUUCACAUGUUAGCUGACACUGUCCACCUAAAAAAAGGCUAUCUCAAUAGAAUUAGUUAAAAAUAAAGAAUAUUUCUUAUGAAAAAAAUGAUGAAUUUCAAACUCUUUAUUCAGAAUUGUACUCAAUCUUCGGACAUGACUUUGCAGGGAAAAUCACGACAUUUAUUUGAUUUAUGACAUUUUGCAAAAGCGAAUAACUUUCUGGCUUUUUUUUCAUUCCAAUCUUGCACCAGCCUAUUGAAUAUUUGAUUAUAUUAUUUUUCCACCAUAACUCAUUACACUUCUCGAAAAAGUACCGUAAGAAACGUGUUUAGGAGCAAAAGAGAGCUGCAGUUAACCGUGCAAGUGAGCGGCCUCCAGUUGGCGCUUCUGAUCAUCUCCAUUCACUUUAUUCUGCAGCUCAUCUUUGUUUACAGCAAGGCAAAUUGAUAAACUCUCUGAAAAGUUCUGAUUUCCAACUUUCAGAUGCUGAACGCCGUGUUCAUGAUGCGCAACCUUCUCCCCUUGUGGGUGGGUUUCCUGACGUUCAUCAAUCCGUGGAUGAUGAUGCUCGUAAACAGGUUCGAAAUUAUUCAGUUUAAAACUGAUGGGAUGUGAAAUUUUCUUCUUGAAGGAGCCGGCUUUUUGAGAGGAAAAGCAACGCUAACAUGAGCAACAAAGAGAAAUCUAAAGUUUUCAAGUUUAGUAGUUAAGCUUCCUAUAAUCUUGUGACGUAACUGUAAAAAAAUGGAAUUUUUCAGCAGUCCACAGUAACUCUGAACUAGCCAUUAAAAGUUUCAGGUUUUUUUCGCACUUAAGAAAAAAAAUUCUCAAUAAAGAAAUUAUUACCAAUUUACAAGUGAAGGUAUUCCCGAAAGUAACCUCAAGCAACGAAAGAAAAGCCUAUUGAAUAUUUCAGCCUUCCCAAAGUUGAAAACUUCUUUUGCAGAGACGUCAGGAAGCUCUGUCUGAACGGCGUUUCGGAGACGAAUCGAAUGCCGGUUUCUGAGAUCCCGACGGUGAGCACACGGGGCAAAAGCCGGCAGUCCACCGUCUUCGCCCAUCGGUUCCAAUAA